CGAGGGGCUGCUCUGUUGUGUGUUUUAGUGGGCCGCUCGCUGUCUGACAAGAUGCGGGGGCGCACUGCUUCACUAUGCUAUUAAUCAAAGCCGCCAGCGUCAGUACCUGAUCUGUCCAGCGCGGCCACCUAAUUAGUUUACUAAUCCGUGAGCAGCGUCUGCUUCAUGUAAUCAUCCCUCUGCUCUGUCUCCGUGUUCCUCCCCCACUCUCUGGAAUGGCAGCAAGACGCUCAAGUUUGCAGCCUCCUCCCACCUCCAUAUAGCAGUGUAAUGUAACAGAGCAGAGAGAGAGAGGGAGGAGGACUGCAGAAACUUUGAAUUAGUGGACAGGACACCUGUGUGAUCUCACGACAGGCUGCUUUCUUUACAAACAAACAGGAGAGCUGAAUUAUUCUUCUGGGAAGCUGGUGAGAGUUUUGAGUCCAGUAAUGGACCUGCAUCCCAUGAUUCACAUACACGAACAAGGAACACAGCAAGAAAUUCUGCAGGAGGAUUCCAAUGCAAAUCAGAGGCACAGAGAACGCAUUUUUAGACCAAGAGUAUCCCUGUUUGGUUUAAAUGAGGAAGAAGUUCGAUCUAGGUACCGCUUCAGCACUGAAGUUAUUCUGGAGCUUUUUGAACAAAUCCAGCAAGAUAUAGAGCCUAACUGUGAGCGAAACCAUGCUGUUCCAGGAAUGGUGAAAUUAUUAAGUGCCCUUCAUUAUUUCGCCUCGGCAUCAUUUCAAGAUAAAGCUGCAUUACAAACAAUUAAAGAUGACUUCCACAAAAUCUCAUCUUUUCCCAAUGUUAUGGGGGUAAUUGACUGCACUCAUGUUGCUCUGUCCCCUCCUACAGAAGACAUUUAUAGAAACAGUAAAAAUUUUCACUCGUUGAAUGUGCAGAUGGUGUGUGCAGCCGAUAUGAGGAUUCUUAACUUGGUCGCUGGUUAUCCUGGAUCAACCCAUGAUUCCUAUAUUUUAAAACAUUCAAGCUUGCAUUCAAUUUUGACAUCUGAAAAUUUACCAAAAGGUUGGAUCCUUGGUGAUGAUGCAUAUCCUCUGACAGAAUACUUACUAACACCUGUUAAGGAUGCAAAGACAAAGGCAGAAGAACAAUAUAAUGCUGCACACAAAUUAGCUCACUCCAUCAUUGAGCGUACAUUUGGAUCUAUUAAAAGUCGCUUCCGGUGUCUAGAUCGAUCAGGUGGAGUACUACAGUAUUCUCCAGAAAAGGGAGCUCAGAUUAUCCUGGCUUGCUGCAUUUUGCAUAACUUGGCGGUCAGUCGCAACUUGCAUGUUGACAUUCUUGAUGAUCUUGAGGCUCCACCCCCAGUUCCACCAGUUGCAGAACAGGAUAAAACACAAGCUGCAAAAAGAACCAGAAUUCGAGUUAUCAACCAAUAUUUCACAUGAGAUUUCUCACCUUGGAAUGGAAUAUACCUGCUUCCUUUGAAUGUAGAUGACUGCUUCUCCUCCCCUUCAUGAAAAAUGACAGAAUCACCUCUUUGCUUCAGUGCUACAUAUUACUAGGUCGUUAACAAUUUAUUAAUUUUUCACCUGCUAGCAUUCCUCAAAAUGAACUUAUUAACAGAAAGAUUUAUCUAGCUAUAUAUAUGUAUCAGUAAUAGGUCUUGUAGAGAUCGCUGGAAAGUGUUCUUCUUUCUUUUGAUUUCUUGGCAGAGCAUUGUGGAUUUGGUUAGCUACUACAGUUGAGAAGUAUAUUGUACAGACUGUCAAAUGAUUUUCAGUUACAAGCAGAUAUAGAGGUCUAUAUAAACAUAGCUAACAGGCUCUUCACUUGAUAAACCCUUUUGUUCAUUCAAAAGCCAUUGUCAUUUCUGUUUAUUUGCUCUACUUACACAUUAAACAAAACACUAUUUUGUAA